UCUCUAAUUGCACCAUGGAUUAUUCCACGUGCCGUACUGAAUUGUUUAAAUUAUAGUUUGCUUUCUUCUGAAAUUGUUCAUUCAAUUCGUUUUUUUGAUAUAGUGCUAAAAGCUAAAUAAAACAAUCAUGACUAAAGUAAAGAAGAACAAAAAGGCAUUGUCGGACCAAGUGUAUGCGAAGAAAAGUAAUGCAGCAGUCAAAACAAAUCCAUUUGCAACUGCCAAACCGGCAACGUCAAAAAAAUUAAAUCCCUUCGAAGUUCACAUAAACAAAGAAAAGUUCCAAAUUCUUGGACGAACUUGUAAGCACGAUAAAGGAUUGCCAGGUGUAUCUCGAGCCAAGGCUAAUAAAAAACGCCAGGAGACACUUGCAGUAGAGUAUCAAGACAAGCACAAAACAAAUAAAUUUCGUGAUCGUAGAAUAGGAAAAUACCAAAACAGUGAUCAACUGAGUGAAGACGUGAUCAAUGCACGUUUUGUAGCCGCAAGAGUAGAGCAACUUAAUCAAAGUAAAGCAUCAAGAUUUAACUUGAACGACGACGAGGUUUUAACACAUCGCGGCCAACGGUUAGAAGACAUUGAACAGUUUCGAGAUGAACGUUCUGACGAUGAAGAUUUGGAUGAUGAAAAAUUGAAUGCGGAGUUCACUGAAGCUGCACAAUUUGGUGGAGACCCUGCACUGGCAAAGGACCGACAGACUGCGAUAGAUGAAAUGAUUGCGGAACAAAAAAAGCGAAAAAUAGAGAUAGCAAAAGAAAAAGAUGAAGUGCAUAAUUUAACAGAGAAACUGGAUUCCAACUAUAAGCAACUGCUUGGUCUGGUUGAUAAAUUAUCAAAGAAGGAAAUGCUAGCAAAACCAACACCGGACGAUUACGACAAAGCUUUAAAAGAAAUGAUUUUUGAGCCUAGAGGUGUGGUUUCCGAUAAACUAUUGUCUGAAGAAGAUUUGGCUAAGAAAGAAAAAGAAAGAUUGGAAGAAUUGGAAAGGGAACGUCUGAAGCGAAUGCGGGGAGAUGAAGUGGAUACUACCCCAGUGCAAUCGAAUCACCGUUCAGCUGAUGCACUAGAUGAUGGCUAUUUCGGUUAUGCAGUGGAAGAAGAAGAUGAAACCCUGGCAUAUACUUUAGAUGGCGAAUUAGGAACGAAAUUAGUUGAAAACGGUUCUAAAGAACUGGAGCAGGAACCUGUCGAUGUCGAUGAUAAUGAAGAAAAUGAAAGCGGAGCUGAAGAAGAUGAAAGCGGAGCUGAAGAAGACGAGAGUGGAACAGAAGAAGUGGAAAGGGAAGAAGGUUGUUCGGAAAAUGGUCAUGAUUCGAACGCCGAAGAAGAUGAUGUGGAUAAUUUAAGCGAUUUGAAAGAUAGUGAAUCUGAGUCGGAUAAUGACGAAGCUGAAAACAAAAUAACAGCACAAAGUAAUAUACAAAAAAAGACGGCUGGCCCGAAAAAUACAAAACUACCGAAAUCGGAUUUGGAGGAGUAUCCAGAUUUGCCCUAUACAAUGGAUAUUCCAAAUAACUACGAUGAAUUCAAUAAACUACUGAAUAAACGCAACCACAAGGAGAUGGGCGUAAUUGUUGAGCGACUAAUAAAAUGUAAUCACCCAAAGCUUGAUGGCAUAAACAACAAAGAAAAAAUGGAGAAACUGUUUGCAUAUUUAUUGCAAUUUUUAAAUGAAAUAUUCACUGACGCCACACAAGACGAUAUCAAAACACAAUUUCAAAUAUUAAAUGUACUUAAUCCUCACAUGUACGAUCUAGUCCAUAUGAAUCCCGAAAAAAUGUUGAAUACGAUGUUAGAAGUUAUCAAGGAAAAGUACACUAUUUAUCGUAAAAACAUUAAAUUGUUCCCUCCACUCGAAACUCUCAUUUUUUUCAAACUUGUAUCAAACUACUGCAGUACUUCAGACUUCAGGCACGCUAUUGUCACACCUUGUUUCAUAUUCAUACAACACAUUUUGUCAAAGGCGCGCGUAAGAACGAGACAGGAUAUCGCCGGUGGCCUAUUUUUGGUGACAAUCUAUUUCGAAUUUUCUCGAUUGUCAAAGCGAUUUUUGCCAGCAGCACUUAACUAUUUACUUGGCAUUGUGUAUCUGAGUAUACCGAAGCGACCUGUGGAAGUAUUAAAAAUAUUGCCACCUUUUCCGAACACUGCCCCCAUGAAUAAGUUAUUGGCAAUCGCAGAAAUCAAUGAUAAAGAAACGGUAAAAGAAGAGUUGUUGCAAUCGGAAGACUUGGUUUUAACGACAUUUUCUGUAGAUUUUAAGAUACGAGCAUUAAAUAUGGCGCUCAAGAUGAUAAAAGACAUUAUUUCAAAUCUAGAAGAAAACAUUGGUUCAAACUAUUUUGCAUUACCGUUUUUGGAAUUGUUCGAACGUCUUUCAGUAGAUGUUUACCCGGAAUUUGUGCGGGACAAUUUUACGGCAGCCAAAAUUGUUUUAGAACGUGUCUCCAAGAAAAAAUUAACUAAAAUUGUACCACCUGAAAAAAAGCCAAAAGCGCUGCGCCUGCUUGAGCCGCGAAUUGAAGUGAUUUAUGAUGACAAACGCCGGCCACGUUUAACAAAGGAAAAGGAGGAGAGAGUCAAAUUAGUUCAUAAAUUACGACGCGAAACUAAAGGAGCUAUUCGGGAGAUACGCAAGGACACUGAAUUCUUGCAAAAGAUGCGUAUACAACAACAAAUCCGGAGUGACAUGGAACGGAAGGAGAAAGUCAAACGCAUUUACCAAGAAGCCUCAGUGCAGCAAGGUGAACUCAAUGAGUUAGAUCGGCUUAAGAAGCGAAAAAAGUUUUAGGGAUGCAAAACGCAAUUGUACAGCUAUAUUUUUAGGAUUUUUAUACUUGUGCAAACUAGUGCCCUAGGGCAUUGAAACUUUGCACAUAUAACAGUUGUUUAUAACAGCAUAACGAAAUCGAGAUAAAUAUAGACAUAUCUACACUGGAAUGUUCCCAAUUAUGAGAUGAUUUGGCUGUUUAUUUGUUCAUGCGAGCUAUAAUUCAAGAAAAUAUCUAAAAAUUACAGCCACUAAGCACUUAACGCUAAUUUUAAUUUUUAGUUAGAUAUGUAGAAAAGCUAAUUUUCCAAAGUACGGAAACGAUUAUAAAAAAAAAAAAAAACGGCAUGACCCC